UUUUUUUUGUUUUAUUUUAUUUAAAAAAGUUGAGUUUAGUUGAAAGUUUGUUUCCACGCGACAUGGAGCGGGACAGCCACAGCGAGGACACGCUGUCRACCUUGGUCCUGGAGAACAUAAAGAACCAGCUGAUCCACGCCUUCAGGUCCUCAGCGGAGUCCAGAGCGGAGCGCCAGGACCGCAGCGUGGACCGGAGCCUCCAGGCCAACGAGGAGCUGCGGCGGGCGCAGAUCGACGGAGCCAUAACCUGGCUGAGGUCUGAGCUGAUGGAGAUGCGCACCCAGGACCUGCAGCUGGCUCAGACCCUGCUGGGCCUCAGCUCCGAGAUCCAAAGACUGAGGAGGGAGAGUUUCGUGGGGGUGGACSCAGAGGGGGACGAUCAGCAGUGAGGACGUCCACCCCACUGCUAUAAGAAAUAACUAAUUAAAAGACUUUUUUUUUUUUUCAAAUGAAUGGUUCAUUUCAACCAGAAAUAUAAAGUAAUGAACUAAACGUCUGUUCCUGCGCUGAAGAAAGCUGUGAAAUAAUAAAAAGUACAACAUCA